GGGCACCGAGUGCAGUGACAGAGCGAUAUGGAUGGCGCUGGCGUUUCCGGGCAGAUUGGAAAUCGUAUCGUGCUCGCACCUCGUCUCAGAGUUUUAUCCACCGCCCAGAAAACUUCUGUCAUCUGCUCCGAUGAGUCUCUUCCAACACGACGGACAUGAACACUCAUCUGACGGCGUGCUGAAGCCAUGGCGUCCCAGAAUUCGCGACGGUACAAGGCCGAGUCUCUGGGACGGCUGCGGCUGCGGCCUUCCUCGGAUCAGGAAUCCGAGGAAGGUAAUUACGAAUCAUAAAAGGAUUUCCCCCGUCGUCGUCGGUCCAAGUCCAAGUCACGUCGCGAGCAGUUCUUUUCCGAGCGCUAAGGCGAGGAACGAUUGUAUAUUUCUGUCAGUGUGGGGGAUGCAUCGAGUGUCAGCCUUUCAGGACGCGUCUUAUGGCAGCAUGUGAAAUCGAGUUUGCCCGGAUGCGAACCAUCCGAACUCUAGAAGUCGCUUUAUGCAGCGACUUCUAGAGUUCGGACCACACUCCGUAGCAGCUCGAAGAAUGGUCCGAUUGCAGUCUGCCGCACCAAAUUACGGGAAUGACCUCGUGCUUUCCUGGAUUUUUUUCAGAGGAAGUGCCAGUGCGCUCGUCGUUUCCCUUGCCGUGGAGGAUCGUGUGUGCAUUGUACAGCGUAGCACGCGGAUUUCUGUACAGAAAGAAUCACACCAUAAACAGGACUCUGAGCAACUUUGUGGACAUCACGGCGAAAGCGAGUUCCAAGCCCGUGGAUGGCGUCUACUCUGAGGAUGUGAGCUAUGGCGAGCACGCGGAGCAGUACGCGAGAGUGUUUCGCCCGGCGAAUCCAGGGACCGAGAAGAUACCCGUGGUCUUCUUCUUCCACGGGGGAGGCUUCGCGAUUUUGUGCGCCGCGUCGAAAACCUACGACAGAAUGUGCCGACUGGUGGCCAAAGGGGCGCAGGCGAUGGUGGUGUCCGUGAACUACAGGCGAGCUCCGGAGCACCGGUACCCGACAGCGUACGACGAUUGCUUCGAGGCGAUUCGAUGGGCGCAGGCCGAAUGCCAGAGCGGCGGCGAGCUCUUCGCGGCGGCGGACGCGACGCGAGUGUUCUUCGUGGGCGACAGCGCGGGCGGCAACAUCGCGCACUUCAUGAUGGCGCGCGCGGUGCAGAGCGACGUGAGCCCGCUCGAGCUCAAAGGCGUCGUGCAAUUGCACCCAUUCUUCGGCGGCGUCGAGCGGUCCCCGGCCGAGCUCCGAAUGCCCGAUGCGCUCUUCCUGUCGCUCGAAUUUACUGACUGGUUCUGGGCUGCGUUUCUGCCGCCGGGCGCCGAUCGCGACCAUCCUGCGUGCAAUGUCUUCGGCCCCGGAGCCGAAGACCUCUCCGGCUUGGCACUGCCCCCGAUUCUCGUCACCAUAGGCUCCAACGACAUCCUCCAGGACUGGCAAGCGCGCUACGUCCAGAAACUCCGAGACAUGGGCAAGAAUGUGACCACCCGAUGCUCUGACGUCUGUCACGCCGAGUACAUCCUCGACGACGUGAUGCAAGCCCUCAUGGACGAGAGCGUGCGAUUCAUCCAAUCCUCGGCCUCUUAGUUCCUGCCCCUGCCGAUCGAUCCAUCGGCUUUUCGGAGCCUGUGCUUUCGUACUCUUCGAUCACCGAUUCUGUUGCAUUCGGCGAUGCCCGACGAGCCGAACUCACCUACGCCGAAGAAUCGCACCGUGGAGGAGCUCGGUGCAUGCACAAUGAAUCGAUUCAAUUUCCGCACAAGUGAUUGCUACUUGCAGCAGGACUCAGUAAAGCUGGCGGCAUCUUUUUCUUCUGUGGUGAACAUUAGCUUCCUCCCAAAGCUCAUGCUCUUUUGCUGCCCUGGUUUCGCAUGUCUUGCAACGCUUUGUUGUUACGGUUGAAACAUCGGACGUGUGAUUGUUUUCCUCGAUGCUGUACCUGCUCACCGAUCAUACACAGUGACAGAUAUCACAAUGGAAUCUUCGCAUAGUUUUAAUGAAUAAUAAGUUUUCCGAUCAAAUCCAUACUUCAUCUAACAAGAAAAUAACCUCCCUUUGAACUUUUACAGGUAAUAAAGCUAUUUUAUUUUCUUAUUCCCCUUUUGUGGCUUUUUCGGGCACGUCGUCUGUUUUAGUAAGGUCGCCGGGAGAGUAACCGGGACCGGAUGUGCGGAUCCAAGAAAGGUUCGCCUUCCCGGCGCCUGAAACUCGAGUCAUUCGUGGUUCCAGCGACCUAGGACCACUUACUCAUCUUUAGCGUGCUAACAGAAUACUCGAUAUCUCGGACGAAGGAUAAAACCAAGAUUUCAGCGGUUCGGGGCUCAUUUGGAACUUUGGAACUAUAUUAUUUAUGAAAUACGAUAAGGUAUAGUUUUUCUGUAUUGAAGCUUACGUCGUAAUACAUCAUAAAAAGUUGUAGUUGGUCUUACUUGG